AUGAACUUAUGGGUACAAGUUAUCGAACAUAGCACAAGUCGCAGUGGUAUCGAUUCUUCUGUAAAUAAUUUGGAUCACAGUAUAGAAAUAGAAGUGGAAAUACCAUCUGUCCAUGGACGUCGUAGAGAAAAAAAGAAAAAGGAAGACAUAGAAAUGGCAUUUAGGCGAAGAAUAAAUCGUGACAUGAAAGAGCGUCAACUUUUAUUGCACAAGGCUAGUCUUCUAUGCCUUUUCGGUAGAAGCUACAAAUAUAAUCGUAUUCUUAAUGAUACACUGCUAAUGUCUGCUGCACUAAAAUUGCUACCUGGUAAAGAAUCAUAUCCAAACGAAGGAGGUACUGAAGUUAAAUAUUUCGUGUCUUUGGUUAAGUGGUUUAAAGGUACGGUUAAAGUUGCGGAUAAUGUAUUUUAUUCAACGAAACGAGUACGCAACAAACGCAAAGAAUUGUUGCAGCAAAUUCAACGUAAAGAAGCACUUUGUAACCAAGAUCUUGUUUUUAUCCUUGUUAUUCUCUUACGAGGUAUGGGCAUACAAUGCCGUUUAAUAGUAAAUUUGCAACCGCUUCCUAUACGACCACCUCAAUCGGAUUUAUUAGUAAUUAAAUUGAAACCUGAUGAUGGUAACAAUAAAGAAACUGUACCACCUAAGAAAUCAAAAUCUAGUGAACUAUCUGACAAAUCUAGUAAAGAAUCAACACCAAUGAAAUCUGAAAAAAAAAUAGAACAAAAACUUACAGCUGGUGUUAAAUCUAAAUCCGCUGAGAAAGACAAAUCACAAGAUGGUAAGAAACUCAAUGAAGGAAAUACGAUGAACAAUGGGGACAAUAACAAGAAAAAUAAUAAAUCAAGCACACGUACAAAAGCGAAAGAAACAACAAAUUUAAAAGAAUCAAAAUUAAAUUCUAAAAGCGAUUUAGAGGAAAUUCCAGUUUCUACCAAUUUAGAAGUAAAAAGAAUCAACAGAACCAGGCAAAAGCCAUCUACUAUUGACGAUAACAUCAAUGCAAAAAACACCAAUCCGAAAAUACUUAUAACAAAGGCAACCGAAGAUAAAAAAAAGAAAGAAUUGAAAACAUCCAGUUCUCGAAGCAAAAACAAAUUGCCAAUUAAGGAAAAUGAACUUAAUAAAGAUGCGGAUAAUGUUGGAGUUUCAGAAGUUAUUGAAGGAAAUAAUAAAAAACAAAGUAACUCAAGGACGAAACCAAAUAUAAAAAAAUUAUCCGCUUCAAAUUCAGUAUCAAAACCAAUAUCCAAUAAUAUAAAUGAAUUACAAGAUGUUAAUUCAGGUAAUGCGGAAGCAGCUAGUAUGACAGCUUCAACAUCUACACUAAAUUCAGACACAACAAAAACUAAAAGCAAAAGACCAAAAAUUUCAAAACUUAUAGUACAAACCGCCGGAAAUGCUAAGUCAAAUAAGCCAGACGAAAAACUAAAAGUACCAACUAAACGGGUUCUACGUCCACGUCAAAAUUCGAAUGAAGCUACAAAUACUGCCGAACAAAAGAAAAAAUUAGCCAUACCACAACUUGAUGGUGCACAAGAUUUUGAUUCUGAUGAGGAUAAACCGUUGAAUCAUCGUAAGAACAAAACUGCUCCAAAAUUGCAAAAACUAAAAUCGCGUAGUAAAGAAGAAUCAGAUGAUGAUUUCAAACCAUCGCCUCCUAAAAAACCGAAAAAAGCACCAAUUCUGCCAAAAGCAGUCCAGAAUUUACGUAAGGAUCGAAGAGUACUCUCUACAGAUGAGGAAUCAUCUGACAAACCUAAAAGAAAACCCAACGCAGCAGAUAUGUGGUUGGAAGUGUGGUCCGAUAAACAAGACCAAUGGGUGUGCAUAGAUUUAUUUAGGGGGGAAGUAGAUGCGGUUAAUUCAAUACGGAAAUCUGCUAGUCCUAUUUUAGCAUAUGUAUUUGCUUUCCAAAGUGAUUUGAGCAUAAAAGAUGUUACAGCACGUUAUUGCACAAAUUGGGCGGCAACACUCCGCAAAUUGCGUGUCGAUAAAUCUUGGCUUGAGAUGGCGAUUUCACCUUAUUAUGGUGUACGUACGGAACGUGACAAACGUGAAAAUCAAGAAUUACGACGUUUGCAUGAAGAGAAGCCAAUGCCUACAGCGAUAUCGGAGUUUAAAGAUCACCCACUUUAUGCGCUUCAACGGCAUUUACUUAAAUUUCAAGCAAUAUAUCCACCUAAUGCACCAACACUAGGUUUUGUACGUGGAGAACCAGUUUACUCACGAUUCUGUGUGCACACUCUACAUUCAAGAGAAAUUUGGUUGAAAGAUGCACGUACUGUAAAAUUGGGUGAAGAACCUUAUAAGAUAGUUAAAGCACGUCCAAAAUGGGAUCGGUUAACGCAAAGUGUUAUAAAAGAUCAACCACUUGAGAUAUUUGGUUAUUGGCAAACAGAGGAAUAUGAUCCACCAACUGCUGAGAAUGGAAUUGUGCCACGUAAUGCCUAUGGUAAUGUGGAACUAUUUAAGGAAUGUAUGUUACCUAAAAAAACUGCACACAUACGUUUGCCUGGUUUACAACGAAUUUGCAAAAAGCUUGGCAUUGAUUGCGCUAAUGCAGUUAUUGGCUUUGAUUUUCAUCAAGGCGCUUGCCAUCCCACAUUUGACGGGUUUGUGAUAUGUGAAGAGUUUCGAGAUCAAGUAACUGCAGCGUGGUAUCAGGAUCAGGAAGAACAAGAUCGUAAAGAACAGGAAAAAUACGAAGCACGAGUUUAUGGCAAUUGGAAAAAACUUAUUCGCGGUCUUCUAAUCCGCGAACGUCUUAAGAAGAAAUAUAAUAUGUAAUUUAAUUUCUUACUUUAAGAAAUGUAAUGAGCAUAAGCACAUCAUUUAAAUUUUAUAAAGUCAAAUUCUGUUUUUGU